CAGCAGCAGCGACUCGGAGCCAGCAGACACACACACUGAGCGACCGUUGGAGGAGAGGGAAAGGAAAAAACCCAACAACAGAUUAAUAAAUAAAAACACGGAGCACGAUUUUUUUUCUCAGAGUACUAUUCUAUCGAAUGAAUACGUUUACAGUGUUUAAAAAGACCAAUGCAUACGAUAUAUUGGCCGUAGAAGCGCCGUGCAGAGCAGCAGUCUGAAGGCGUGCAAAGGGAGGAGGACAGGAAAUUAAGGAGCUACCUCGAAGGUCUCCGUCAGUCCACAUUUCAGCUGGAGCGAGAGGAGAGGAGGCGCAGAGGAGGAGAGAAGGCCGACGAGGAGCGCGAGUCGUGCCUGCUUUUGGCAGCUGUUCCAGCAGCCGCUUGUGUUGUUUUUCGGCUGUUCGUUUUUUUCUUUCCUCUUUUUUUUUUUUUUUUCUCCACCUUGCAUUUCCUUUUCUUUGUUUUUUUGAUGAACCGGUUCAUAUUUUUAACAUUAAUGUGAGAUACAACUGCUGUAAAAACGUAAGAACGGGAACAUUAUUAUAUCUUCAAGAGUUUUAUUUUUGUUCCAUUGUCGAUUUCCGAGGUUCUUUUUGUUUUUUUUAAUUUGUUUUUUUUUAUUAUUUUUUUUAUGUUUUACAACUGUUUUCAGCUGUGAGUAGCAGGAGCUUCCAUUCUCCAAACGAUCCUCAAAAGCCCUUCCUUCCUUAGUUAGGACCUGAUAACCUGGUAUUCCUCAAGCACCUGAAACUGGCAGCUAUUAUCUUGGUCUUUGUGUGUUUGGGGAGUUGUUCUGUGACCACAGCUUAAGCACCACUCAGCCUUCUAGCCACCUAAGCCUAACUAAAUCCAGCCAGCUCUAGCCUGGUCCAGCCCAGUCCAGCCUGCUCCGAUUAUUUGGACAGGAUACUCAGUUCUGUGUGGACGUGAGGAAUAUGACUGCUGAGACUCUAAACUUCGGCCCAGAAUGGCUUCGUGCACUGUCCAGUGGGGGGAGUGUGACGUCUCCCCCUCCUUCCCCCGCCAUGCCAAAGUACAAGCUGGCCGAGUAUCGCUACGGCCGAGAGGAGAUGUUAGCACUUUAUAUCAAAGACAACAAGGUCCCAGAGGACAUGCAGGAUAAGGAGUUUGCUGCUAUUUUGCAAGAUGAGCCCAUGCAGCCCCUGGCACUGGUGCCUCUCACCGAGGAGGAGCAGAGGAACUUCUCCAUGUCUGUGAACAGCGCGGCGGUGCUGAGGCUCAUGGGAAAGGGAGCGGGAGGGCCGGCACCCGCGGGAGUCGUCCGUGGACGAGGGGCCGCUCGAGGUGGGCGAGGCCGCGGCCGCGGCGAAGGGGGAUUCUACCAAAGAAGUAUUGAGGACACCGAGGUGGGAUUUGGUCGCAACGUCCGAGAGAUUCACCGUAGCCAGAGCUGGGACGACCGGGGCGAGCGGCGGUUCGAGAAGCCGCUGCGGCGGGAGGUGGGGCGGCCCAGUUUCGAAGAAAGCAGCGGUCCCGUGGGUCCCGCGAGGAAGGAGUACACAAGGGCUGACAGCGACAACUGGCGCACCCUCCGCGAGGAGCAGGAGGAGGACGAGGGCGAGCCGGGAACCAACUGGAGGCUCUGUGGACCCCGCAGGGACGACGGUGGUCCGCGCUCAGCGGGCUGGCGGGACCACAGCGGUCCAGGUGAAGGUCGGCGAAGGAAGUUUGAUUUCGACUUCCGGGACUCGGAGGGUCACGGCGCUGGCCGCCGUCGCGCAGGAAGCGAGGGAUUGGAGGACGACCGGGACGGCCUGCCGGAGUGGUGCACGGAUGAGGAGGACGGAGAGAUGGGGACGUUCGACUCCUCCGGGGCGUUCAUGCCCUUAAAGAAGGGUGGUAAGGAGACAAUCCUGGAGGAAGAUUUGGACUUUAAGGGCAUCGAGGACGAGGAUGAGGACGACGGCUUCCUUGAUGCAGAGAGGAACAAUGGAGACGGAGAUAAAGACAAGGAGAGUAAAGACUCCCUUCCUGCUGCAGGGGAAGAAAAGAUGAAGCCAGCACCACCUUCCUCCUCCUCCUCCUCCUCCUCCCCCCCAGCCCACUGUGCCCCGCCAUCACUGGAGCUCCAACCAGGAAGUGCUGGUCAGGUGAUGGAGAACUCUCAGAUGAACAACAGCCACUCUGUCAAGGCCGGCAGCGCCUCUGCUGAUGACCUGGCCUCGGUGGGGGGCUCCAAGGCCCAGCUCAGCCCCAGCGUCGCCGCCGGCAACGCCUCCACCUCCUCCUCCAGCCUACCUCCCCCACCCUCCUCCUCUGCUGCUCCGCUCCUCCCUCCUUCUGGAGGAGACCCCGAGGACGAUGAAGGCCUGAAACACUUGCAACAGGAGGCAGAGAAGAUGGUGGCGUCGCUGCAGGACACGUCCAUGGAGGAGGAAUGCUUCACGCAUUCUCUGCAGCAGCAGCAGGAGAGCCGGAACACGGCGGCCGCUCUGCCGCUGUCUCACGAAGCCGCCAUGAAGUGGUUCUACAAAGACCCGCAGGGAGAGAUCCAGGGGCCGUUCACUACGGUGGAGAUGUGCGAGUGGUUCCAGGCCGGCUACUUCACCAUGACGCUGCUGGUGAAGCGGGGCUGCGACGAGGGCUUCCAGCCCCUGGGGGACGUCAUCAAGAUGUGGGGCCGCGUGCCCUUUGCCCCCGGGCCCUCGCCACCGCCGCUGCUGGUGAGGCAGCUCCCACCAACGCAGCGCUCGCAGACCAGCCGGGGGUCCGCUGGGACGGGUAACCUGGACCAGGAGCGGCUAAAGAAGCAGCAGGAGCUGGCGACGGCAGCUCUCUAUCAGCAGCUCCAGCAGCAGCAGCUAUUCCAGCUCAUUAACAGGUGCAGUGAGCAGGGUAUGAUGCCUUCGAUGAACCGGUCGAUGUCGGUGCCAGAUACAGGGCCCUUGUGGGACAUGCAUACCUCAGCUUCACAGUCGUCAGGCGGUGAAGCCAGUCUUUGGGACUUAACGAUGAAUCCUAAUACUCAGGGUCCAACUCUUGAACAGCUUCAGAAGCAGCUCCAGGAGAGGCGAGACGCCGAACUCAGGGCGAAGCGCGAGGAGGAGGAGCAGCGCAAGAGGAGGGAGGAGAAGAGGAGGCAGCAGCAGGAGGAGCAGAAACGGAGGGAGGAGGAGGAGCUCUACAGACGCAAGCAGCAGCGUCAGCAGCAGGAACUGCUCAUGAAGCUGCUGCAGCAGCAGCAGUCGUCCCAGCAGCAGGGACCUGCAGUGGGGGGCUCAGGGUGGAGCAGUUCGCCCUCUUCUGGCCUCUCUAAGGCGGGGAAGUCUCUGACCAUGCUGGAGAUGCAGGAGGCCGAGCGCAUCUUAAAGCAGCAGCAGCAGCGAGCGCAGCAGCAGAGACAUCCUGGGCUGUCCAUGGGGAGCUCCUCCAUGGGCGGGCAGUGGGCCGACGGCGUGGGCAUGUGGGGCGGUCCCGGCGGUCUGGAGGGCAAGGGAGGAAGCGGCGGCUCCUCCAGCAGCAUGGGGAUGUGGGACGAGGCGGUGAAGAACCAGGCCGGCCUGCGGGGGAACACCAACAACAACCUGGGCCUGAAGAACAGCCGCAGCAGCCCCUCUCUGACCGAUCAGUACAUGAUGCGCCGCAAGAGAACGGAGGACGAGGAGAAGCUGCUGAAGCUGCUGCAGGGCAUGAAGCCUCAGGACGGCUUCACCACCUGGUGUGAACAGAUGCUGCACGCUCUCAACACCUCUGCCAACAACUCCUCUUCCUCUCUGGAUGUCGCCACCAUCGUGGCGUACCUGAAGGAGGUGGAGUCUCCCUAUGCAGUGCUGGAUUUCAUCCGGUCCUACCUUGGGGACACAGUGGAAGCCAAAGAGUUCGCCAAACAGUUUCUGGAGCGACGUGCCAAACAGAAAGCCAACCAACAGAGACAGCAGCAACAGCUAUCAAAAGAAGUGGGUGGGUUGAACAUGAACUUCCCUCUGCAGGACUCAAUGCGAGGUAUGAAUCCAAGCACUCUGCAGUCCAUGUUUCAGGCCAACCACAUGGGCAAAGCUGGUCUCUAUGACAACCAGGGAGGAAAGAUGAAGAAGAAACCACCCAUGAUGCUGCACUCUGAUCCCAGCAUCUUAGGGUACUCAUUCCACAACACGGGCGAAUGUCUGAGCAUGAAUGAGCUGGAGAUGGUGGAGGAUUACUGAUGUGACGCAGCGCAGCAGCAAUAGCUACCUGAGGCCUUUUCUGUCUUUUAAUCAGACAAACCUGAUGACGAAUGUGCACUGCUGGGGAACCGGGGGGGGGGGGGGGGGGAAUCGGUUUGGGUCGGGUUCUGGAAGGGAAGGGAGCAAAGCAUGAGAGACGGUGAAGGGUUAAUCCCUUUAUCUCCCUCUGGUUAUGUAAAAAAAAGAAAAACCAGGGCUCCCUGCUGCACCAGUUGAUCACUAGAGCACGGGAGAAGGGGCGGGUGAGCCGGGGGGAGGCGAGGAGGGGGUUUCCUCUGGCACUCAAAAGUUUUAAGCACCUUAUUCUGAACUAAUGCACUUUAUUGAGAUGGGAUUUGACUAGUUGUUUAAUUUCAUGUGUACAUUUGUGUUUGGAGUCGAUGCGCGCCUGACGACGCGUUUUUCGCACACGUCGCCGGCGCGCGUCUGAACUGGAAGCGGGCGGGGGGCUGGGGGGCAGGAGUCGGAGUCGACGGGACGAAGUUAGGUUUAGAAAAGUCAGGGGGACCUUUUUUGUUUCGGUUUGAACCGUAUCAGAAAGCAAAUCCUUUCUCAAAAGACAAACACUGUUGAUAUUUCUCUUGUUGAGCAUUUUUUUUACAUUUAUAUGAAAAGUAAAGCUAUUGAAAAAAAAAAUGGAGUAUAAAAAACUUGAAGAUUUGCACUUGCCUAAAAAAGAAAUGACAAAAAAAAACAACAAAAAAAUGGGGUUAGUUUAUAGCAGUGAAUAUUUUUGUGAAUGUGUGCGAGCGAGUGUGAUCCAGUCUGCACAAUGUUCUUUUAUUUUCCUGUUGCUUACCGAGAUGUAUGAAACAUAAAAGAGGCCAUUUUUUUGUCUUAUUUUGUUCAGUAAUUUCUCCUCAUGUUCAGAGUGUGAAUGUGUGCACCCCCUUCUUUUUUUUGUUGUUAUUUUUUCCAAACGGGGGAUUUCAUCUGUUUGUUCCGAGAGUGUGACUGAACCAGAGAGAGAGGGCAAACUGCACAAACAUCCUUUCUCUCACCAGCUCUUCAUCUUCAGAUAGAUUUAAAAAAAAAAGAAGAAAAAAAAGAAAAAAAGAUGCAUACAUUUUGUAAAUGUUAGCUUUGUUCUCAUGACAUGAUGGCUCGCCGCUGGUUUAUUUCCCUCUGCUUCUCUGCGGCCCUUAAAGGGCCGGCGGACGCAGCGGAUCAUGAGGGGGGGAGUUGGCGCGUGUGUGCAUCAGAGUGAGAUUUUCUAAGUGUGAAUGAGAGUGUGUGUGCGCGUGUGUUUUCAGAGGAUGUGUUCAUUUACUGUUCAUAGAAGUGAGUUAAGACUACAGGUACUCAUUUUGUAUGUGCUUUUUGUUUUCUACGUGUAUGAAUGCACAUUUGUGCCUAAGAACUUUGAUAUAGGGUGCAUGGCCAUUGAGACAUUAACUCUUUUCGAGAGCGGAUGUGACGUGUGUCGGUGCUCAGCACAUUGUAUGUAAAGUUUGUAAGUUUAUAUCGUAAAUAUUUCUAGUUGUCUUUGGGGGGUGGGAUGGGGUGUUUGGGUUUUUUUGGGGGUGGUGAUCCAUCAGAAAGGUUAGUCCAGUUCGUUUUUUUUUUUUGUUCUUUUUUUUUUCCUGGGGUGUGAUCACGUUGCCUUUUGUCAGCUCUCGAUCUUGUGAAUGAAAGGUGUCGAGUUUCUGACUCUGGAAAAAAAAAAA